AUGAAUCAGAUGCCCCAGAUGAACCAAAUGAAUGUCCCCGGCAUGACCCCUGGGGUUGGCGGCCCCGUGGGUGGCACCCCUAUGAUGAACAAUGGCUCUACAGCGCCUCGUAAUGACGGCUCCAUGAUGUCUCCCGAACGUAUGAUCGACAAUCUCAACACUUACAUUUAUGAUUAUUUUUUGAGACGAGGUUACCAUGACUGUGCUCGCGCCCUCCUUCAGGACGAAUCGAUCAAAGUGAACACCGAUCAGGGCCCCAAACCAAGCCCGGGAACCAAACGAGAAGAUAUGAACGGUAUGGAUGGCGAUGUCAUGAUGACGGAUGGCAAGGACGGCGAGAAGAUCAAGAUACCCGAUGAUCUUCCCCGUCCCAGUCUCCCCAGCGAAAGCCUUCAGUCUUCUUUCCUCUUGGACUGGUUCAGUCUCUUCUGGGAAUUCUUCCUGGCGCAGCGCAAGCGUGGGAGCAACCGGGAAGUUAGCCAAUACCUUCAGCAUACUCAGAAUGCGAUGCGAAUUCGAGAACAGCAGCAGAAUCAACUCCUGCGGCAGCAACCCCUCAUGCCGGGUCAAAUGAGCCAGCUCAACAUGCGCGGGCGUAACGGCAUGAUGCCUCAAAAUCUGCAGAAGACCGUACUGCAGAAUAACACGAAUCUAAAUCCUCAGCAAAUGGCUUCCCUCCAGCAAAAGCAACAGAUGCAGAUGAUGGCACAAAUGUCUCGAGAGCAGUCUGAUAUGGACAUGAAUGGAGCUCGGCCUCAAUCGCCUGCCUCAGCCGAUAAUGCCCCCUCCCCGUCGAAACGCCCUCGUAUUGAGGGUGGACCUGUUAACGGACAGCAGAUCGCUCCCAAUGGACGUCAACAAGGACCAGGGAUGCAGGGACAGCCUAACCCGCAGGCAGCCAUGAUGAUGCAAAAUGGGAUGGGACAACGCCCCAUGAACCCGGCGCAAUUCCAGCAAUUCACACAGGGGCAAGCCGCGCAGCAGAAAUCCAUGCAGGGAAUGCCAAAUGGCGCUAUGAUGAACCCCAAUGUCAUGCCAAACCAGGGUGACCUGGUCACCAUGCCGGAUGGACAGUCAAUGUACCCCCCCAAUGGGCGGAGAUUACUAUCAAAAUGGUCAAAUGGGUCAGGCUCGUCCGGCAAGACACGAUGGCCGGCCGCGAAGGCCAACCCCCGAUGCCAGGCCAGUUGCCUCCGGGCACUUCCCCCCCAGGGUAGCCGAGCAGGUGCCUCGCCAAACCCUAGUGAACAAAUGAAGCGGGGUACACCAAAGAUGCCUCAGACUGGUCUUCCAGGAUCGCCAAGUGCUGGCGACAUGAAUCAGAACCGUGGAUCACCCGGCUCUAUGAACCUGAACGGUGGCCAGAUGCAGCCUGAUAUGUCGCAAUUCUUCAACCAGGGAGCUAUUCGACCCCCAAGUUCUAACCCCGCCUUCAGCACCGGUCCGAUGGGUCAGGCGAUUCCUGCUAACGCAGGCCGUAUGCCGAAUGGCCAGUGGCCUCCGGGUUCGAUGCCAUCCCAGAGCUCACCCGCUAAUCAGCCCCAGGCUGGUACUCCGCAGCAAGAACAGCGCGGCGGCAACAUGCCUCCUCCUCAGCCCCCAACGGCUGGUGCUGCUGCAGCCCGAAGUCAACCCCAAGACUCCCCUCAAACUGGGAACGCCCCUCCUACCCCCCAGCCGCAGACCAAAGCCGCUGGCAAGAAGAAGGAGCCGACUCGCAAGCGUCCUCAAAAGAAGAACACUGGUGCUGGGAACGCUGCAGGAGCCACACCGGUCACCGAGCCUGCCGAGCUUCCCACGCCCACUCCAUCCACCCCAGUUACGCCCUCGCACCCUAACUCCUUCAAGGGUCCCAACGGGACUGCAAGUGCGCCAGCGCAGCCAACCACGGCUCCUGCCCCCCCGCCUAUGCUCCCAUCUACCUUGGAUCAAAACCAAGCACCUUUCAAUGAUCUUGGCAUUACUGAUUCAUCUGCUUUCAACCUUGAUUUCAGCGCUUUGGAUAACCCAGAUAUCCUUGAGAGCUUUGACUUUGACACUUUCCUCAACACCGACGGCGAGACCGGAUUUGGCUUUGACCCCAACUUGCCGUACACUGAUGGCGUUGAGACCGGAACCGGCGAUCAAUAA